UUCGCAAGAAGGCGGCCGUUCACCCCGCCACCUGUCUUCACACCUUUAAUACUACUUGGUGUGCCUCUGACGUUCCCCGGAGGUCUUCAAUCCCGUAAACAAGAGCACCAACGCUACACUCAGAAGUUCAAGGAGGCGUGGCUUAGGGACCGGAAGAACGUCCGGUUGUCAAGGGAACCCCACGCGCCUGGGCGCCGGCCCAGCCACUGAUGCUCCCGCUGAGGCACAGGCAGUCGGUUCACCCAACUUGUAGAACCGGCAUUGUUCAGGAUCAGGGAUUCUUACAGAGGCGGCAUAGAGACGAAGGCUGAGAGACGCUCGAUAUUUAUCCCACGAACGGAUACGAACGAGUGGUCGGUUCCUGUUCUCUUCAGCCUCUGGGCUCGCAGGAUUAACUUCAAAAACCAGCUGGUUUGUAAAUAUUUGAAUCACAUUAUGGGAUUGCUAGACAGACUUUCAGGCUUGCUUGGCCUAAAGAAGAAGGAGGUUCAUGUUUUGUGCCUUGGGCUGGAUAAUAGUGGCAAAACAACAAUCAUUAACAAACUUAAACCUUCAAAUGCUCAAUCACAAGAUAUAGUUCCAACAAUAGGAUUCAGCAUAGAGAAAUUCAAAUCAUCCAGUUUGUCUUUUACAGUGUUUGACAUGUCAGGUCAAGGAAGAUACAGAAAUCUCUGGGAACACUAUUAUAAAGAAGGACAAGCCAUUAUUUUUGUCAUUGAUAGUAGUGAUAGAUUAAGAAUGGUUGUGGCCAAAGAAGAACUUGAUACUCUGCUAAAUCAUCCAGAUAUUAAGCACCGCCGAAUACCAAUCUUAUUUUUUGCAAACAAAAUGGAUCUUAGAGAUGCAGUGACGUCUGUAAAAGUGUCUCAGCUGCUGUGUUUAGAGAACAUCAAAGAUAAACCAUGGCAUAUUUGUGCUAGUGAUGCCAUAAAAGGAGAAGGAUUGCAAGAAGGUGUAGACUGGCUUCAAGAAAAAACAAUCGAAUCAGAUCCAGGCUGUGAAGACUUGAAAAGAUAGUAUUUGGAAACCUCAACAGUUUUCAAUUCAAGGAAUAUAUCUUAAGGCACACUGAAUACUUCAAAUUUUUUUAAAAGAUGUUUGUGCAUCUAGGAAUACUUCAUAAUCUUCUGCUUGCAUUUAUGGACUCUGAAUGAACUUUUUAAGAACAUAGGACUUCAGGUAUGCUAAUCUGACCAUUAAUUAUAUUAAAACUAAAUCAUUCCUCAGAAGGACUCCUUCUCCAGAAUUAUCAACUUCUUAGUAAAAGUCUACAUUUGAUUGUAAUUAGAAUGUUUAAACUCAGAGUUAUAAGCCAUCUCAAUAUCUCAUCAUGAUUUAUAAUAUGUUUAAUGCAUCUUUUUAAAAUUGUCUUACAAAGUUUAGUUUAUGGUAUGACUUUGCAGUAUGAUUGUGUUUGGAAAAAGAACUUUAAAUAUUUAUAAGGGACCAUGGGUAAUUAAUGUAUACAUAAAAUUUUUACUAUAUGUCACUAUCAAUAAACAUAAUAUACAAUGUACAAACUAGUGUACUUUGUUUACACUGAAAAGAAUAAUGCUGUGUUAACGUAAUAUUUAGUGUUUUACUGUCAAGCAUUUGUAAGUUUUCUGAGACCAAAUUAAGCUGAAUUUAUUUAUCCAAUGAAUGUGUAUUGAACCUCUCUGUACCUACACUAGUCCGACAUUGUCCCAGGCAAUGGUGAUACAAGGUAAAUAAAUCAAGACAUAUUCUUUAUCCAUAGUGAACUUAAAAUUAAUGAGGGUGAUUUUGAGAACCUUUUCAUACAUAGUAUCAUUUUAUUUUUGGCUACAUGAAUAUCUUGGAUUUUAAGAUUAAGAGGUAUGCAAAUGAACUAAUGAUUCUUAAAUAAUUAACUGACUUCUUGUUUCUUUAAAAUGCCUCCAAUUACUAUAGCACUUUCUUAAAAUAAAUUGUGACUCACCAAACUGUGUUUUUCCUGAGCAUAAACUGCUACAAAAAUGUUGUUUAGAAUUUUAGACAUCUCAGGCAUCUACUCUAUGCAAAUUAUGUGAGUUCUCAAAACUUAGAGACCACUUAUAAUUGUGACCUCUGAGUAGAAGAUUUCAUUUUAAAUUAACCACUAGAAAACAGUAUAUAGAGCAAGGGUGUCAAUCCUGAAAAACACUGCAUAUAAAGAACAACUGUAAUAUACAAUGUGUAAAACAUCUUACCAUGUCCUUAGCUGUGAAAAUGAUAAAAACAGGAGGCAAGGGGCACCUGGGUCGCUCAGUCAGUUGAGCUUCUGCCUUCAGCUCCUGCCCUUUUCUCUCAAAUACACAAAAUCUUUAAAGAAAAUAAAAAUUAGAAAGGAGACAAAAGAUAAGUGAGUAAUACUAGGUAUGUUACCCUAACGGUGGUACUGGUGUAUAUGCCAUAGAGAUUUGAAUUGAAAUCAUUUUAAAAGCAAAGUUCUGUAAGUCAGUUUCUCUUAGGCCAAAAAUCCCAGUGGUUUGGAAUCUGGUAAAUUAAAAGUUACCCAGAAUAUUUGAAUAGUCCAGCAUUUUAGCUAGCUUACAGGCCUCUGUUUUGAUGAGGAUACAAAGUGAGAUUCUCAUUAAUCUAGAGUUGCCUCAAAUAUAAAAGGGACAUGAAAACACUGAAUAUAGUUUAACAAAAUACUUAUAUGCUAUUGUUCUGGAGGAUAGGAGAAUAGUUUAGGAGGAUGAAGAAAGAGUAUAUUAGAGUUCAAAUCCUUAUCCACCAGAACGACUGUAAUAGUUCAAUAACUAUCACCAUAUGAACAAUAUAUAAUAGCUUUCACAAUAGUAAUAAUAGCUAUCACUAUAUGAACACUAUAUUUUGAGCUAGAUAUUACUACACAUACUGGAUUUUACGUUAUUUAAUAGUUGCAAUAACCUUGUGUGGUAGGUAGGUUUUAUUAUUUGUUUCAUAGACAAGAAAACAGAGACCUGAAAAAGUUACUUGCUAAAUGGCACUAGUAAAUGCUGGUGCUAUGAUUUGGAACCAAACCAUCUGUUUAAGAUAGAUGAAUUCAAGAGACAAGAGUAUUACAGAUAGUAGAAAUACAGAGCUAUCUGCCACAAGGAUAGCGAAAAGGAUUGGAAAGGCUCUCAUUGGGGCGGGAGACCAAGAUGGGGGUGGGAAAGUCAGAGAAAAGUGACUACUAUUUUGUUUUGCUUUUGAUUGUUUCUUCUUUUAAGUCUCUGAAUACUUCAGAUUUUCAACUCUGGGUAUAAAUGAGUAAUAAAAAUACUUUUUAAAACUACACUGAUAAUAAAUUAAUGAGUACUGCACAAACUGCUAUAACUCAUACCUGUGCAAAUAUUUAGAAGAAAAAAAAAGAGUACUUUUUCCUUAAGUUUCCAUGAUCUCCAAAUCUAGUUUAUGCUCUAUUAACAUCUAUUCUACUGUACAUUUUCAUGUGAAGAUUAUGUAGAAUCACAUUGGACUACAGGAUGCCAUAAAAGUGUGGAUAAGCUGAGGUUAUUGCAUUUGUAUUUAUCAUGGUAUACAAUUAAAAUUUAUUGCAUUAAAACUC